CGCGCUUUUUUCAGACGUCAAACAGAAGCCGCAAUAUAUUUAAUUGUUUGCUAAAAUUACAAUUACAAGUUCUAAAAAUGAAUACACCUUUUGAGCCACGCACUUUGGUCAAUGGGGGCAUGAUAAAACAGUUUGCCGGACAAUCUGUCAGCAUUAUGGUACGCGUCGAGAGCGUAGCGGGCACAACACUGCUUGGAAACAGCACCGACAAUCAAAAACUGAAGAUUAGCUUGCCUAAUGAAAUAUGUGCGGUUCCCGGCGCCUGGGUGGAGGUCAUUGGCAUAGCCAGCCCGAACGAAGGCAUACGCGCCAAGGAGGUUGUGGAAUUUGGCGGAGAGGAUAUUGAUUUUGAUACGGAUAGCUACAAUACCAUGACACAGUUGUUGAAUAAUGUAAAGCAGUUUUACCGAUAUGGAUAGAUUCAAACUGGAAUACGUAUGUAUAUCAUUUCCGAAGAAGUCUUGCAUAGAAAAGCAGCUUGAAGUACACUGUCGGAUGUCAUUUUAGUAAUUAAGCAAUUAAUUAGUUAUAUAUUGCAUAAUA